AUGGUUCUUACUGUUAUUUCACAAUUUGGUAGACUGAAAAAGUUUCCUGUACGCUUUCUUUCCUCCUAUCUCCAGUCAGUUAAAAAUUGUAAUACUUCAUUCAUAUCAAUGGUGACUAAUUCAAUAGUUCGUAUCGGUACACAUGAUGGACGUUUUCAUGCUGAUGAAGUUUUAGCCUGUGCAAUGCUUAAACACUUGCCAGAAUAUGCCAAUGCUGAUAUUAUACGUACACGUGACGCUAGUAUCUUGUCAACUUGUGAUAUAGUCGUCGAUUGUGGUGGAGUGUUCAAUGCAGAGAAUCAUUUAUACGAUCAUCAUCAAAGGGGAUUCACUCUUACUUAUAAGGACUUUUUCCCUAAAUCUGAUUGGGAUAUUAAACUCAGCAGUGCUGGUUUGAUAUACGUUCAUUUCGGUAGGAAAAUAUUAUCUCAUAUACUUGGCAAAGAAGAUAUAACUGAUCCAUUAGUGGAUGCUCUUUUUGAUAAGAUAUAUAAUUCAUUCAUUGUUGAAAUCGAUGCUAUUGAUAAUGGUGUCCCGUUAGCGUCAUCAACGUUAAGAUAUUCCAUCAAUACAUCUUUAAGUAGUCGAGUGAAUCGUUUGAAUCCAGCCUGGAAUGAAUCAGAUGCUGAUGAAAAUGUGUGUUUUCAAAAUGCUCUACAGUUAGUUGAUAACGAAUUUGUUGGAUUAGUUCACUUCUAUUCAAAUUCAUGGUAUCCUGCUCGUGAAAUUGUUUUAAAAGCUGUGCAAUCUAGAUAUGAAACAGAUCCAUCUGGAGCAAUAAUUCAUCUUGAAGGUACUGGAUGUCCAUGGAAUGCACACUUUUUUGAAAUUGAAAAAUCGAUAAAACAGAAUAAAAAACAAGGGAAUAAUCGAAGUGGAAAUCAUUGUCAGGAUAAUGAUAGUGAUGAUGAUGACGCAAUGUUGUAUGUGAUAUAUGAGCGUAAAGACACUACAUGGGGUAUACAAGCUAUACCAUUGGAUGAACAUAAUACAUUCACCCAAAGGCUACCUUUACCAGAGAGUUGGAGGGGAUUACGUGAUGACCAGCUAAGCUCGAUUGUUGGUAUACCAGAUUGUGUAUUUGUACAUGCUACUGGAUUUCUAGGAAUUCAUAAGACACGUGAAGGUGUUAUUCAAAUGGCUAAAUUAACUAUGAAAAUGAAGAAUAAAUGA